AUUUUUGCCCAGUCUAGAAAAUGCAACAAAAAGCCUGGGUGCUAAGUGUUAGUCUCUUACGAAGUUGCUAGUAAAAUGGCCGAAGGCAACAAACUUCCAGGCGUCCCAGAGACCCUCCUUAAAAGGAGAAAGACAUUAGAAAAAGUAAAAGCUGCUCGUGCUGCUGCAAAAUUAAAGCAGAAAAAGGCUCUUAAGGAAAAGCGCAACAUAGUUUUUACCCGUGCAGAAAAUUAUGUCAAAGAAUACAGAACAAAGGAACGUGAUGAAAUUCGUCUUCGUCGAAUGGCAAAACAGAAGGGUAACUUCUAUGUCCCAGCUGAACCAAAACUUGCUUUUGUCAUCAGAAUAAGAGGUAUCAAUCAAGUUAGUCCAAAAGUGAAGAAGGCUUUGCAGUUAUUGCGAUUACGCCAAAUCAAUAAUGGUGUUUUUGUUCGUCUACACAAAUCUACUAUCAAUAUGUUGCGUUUAGUAGAACCAUACAUUGCUUGGGGAUAUCCCAACUUAAAAAGUGUUCGCGAGUUAAUCUACAAACGUGGUUAUGCUAAAGUCAACCAUCAACGUAUCCCUAUCACUGAUAACCAGAUCAUUGAGGCAAAUCUCGGUAAAGAGAACAUAAUCUGUGUUGAAGAUCUGAUCCACGAAAUUUACACUGUAGGAGAGAACUUCAAGAAAGCUAACAACUUCUUGUGGCCGUUUAAACUUAGCUGUGCAACUGGUGGCAUGCGUAAGCAAACAACUCAUUACGUCGAAGGAGGAGAUCAUGGCAAUCGCGAAGACUUCAUCAACAACAUGAUCAGAACAAUGAAUUAAAUUGAAGUGAAAAUAAAUGUCGGCCAAAAAUAAA